AUGGCUUCUGCCACCCCAUUGCAUCCUUCUGCCAAAGAGAGCUUAAAUUAUGCUCAGCUCUGUUGCCUUCUUGUUGAAGUUGGAUCACUUGUGCUAAGGGAGAUCUUUGACCGGGUAUGUCCACCAGGAAACCUUCAUGCAGUUCUGACUGAUCCCACAAACCAUGCCAAACUGCAAUCACUGCGAAAGAAGAGAGUCCUGUGUACUUCCCAGUGGGGGAAACUGUAUCCUACUUCCAAAUCUUCAGUUUCCUCAAAGGACUUUGACACCUGCUUACUGUUAUGUCUUCUGAAGAAUAUCUGGGGUCUGACUCUCCCUGCCUCUGGCUGGAAUAACCUUCCUCCAGGAUCAGACACCUCUCUGGCAGCUGACAUCACUUGCAUCAAGUUUUUCAGGGACAGAGUUUUCAGUCAUGCUGCUAAUGCUUCAGUUGAUGAUCCAACUUUUAGUUUGUACUGGAACAGCAUCAAAGACACCUUUCUGCGCAUUGGAGGGACCUGCUAUGAGGAAGUCAUAGAUGAUCCUACAUUCUAUUAUAUGGAUGCUGAUCUUGAAGAACACUACCAAGAGCUUCUGAGAGAGUGGUUCAAAGAUGAUGACUGUAUCACAGACAAAUGGCAUGAAGACAAAAUUGUGGAAAAGGCCAGGAAAGGAGGGGACAUGGAGGAUUCCUUUGACAUUUCUGAACAAAAUUCAUGGGAGAGAGAGACAGUAAUAAUGCCAGGGGAAAAUACAUCAGCACAGACUGGCAAUAGCAGCCCGCCAGAGCUCAGUGUGAAACUUCCAGAGUUGAGUGAUCUUCCAACAAUCUCUAAUCCUUGGGAAACUGUUGAACUUCCUGUUGAUAUUCUUUUAUUAACAGUGGAAGACUGUGAGUUCUUAAGCUGCUUUGCCUACCUGAAGAAACCCUUUAAGAGUUACCACAUCAGUACUGGCCCUGUGUACUUUGGGUGCAUGGGUGAUGAUCAAGGAAAGAAAAUGAAAAUCGCAUUGAUGAGGUGCUCCAAAGGUCUUGAUGCUCCUGGGGGUUCUUUGUCUGUUUCAAAAGAUGCCAUUUUGCUACUGAGACCCAAGGCUAUUUUUUCUGUUGGUGCCUGCAGUGGUUUGAACAGCAAAAAGGUCAAGUUAGGAGAUGUGGUUCUUUCAGCAAAGCUUAUAACAGCUGCACUCAAAACUCCCCCCAGCAGAGAUAUUGGUAACCUGAUCAAACAUGUGGCUGAUGGGUGGAAGGCACCUUUACAAAAUGCUGAUGAAUAUAAUGCCAAAGUGCACUGUGAUGGAGUGGUUCUGAGUAUCUCAGAGGCAAACAGAGAUAUGAUUAGGAAACAUCCUGAAGCAAUUGCAGUUGAAAUGGAAGGUGGAGGAGUGUAUGCUGCAGCUCAUGAUUUUAAGACAGAAUGGGUGGUAGUCAAGGGCAUCAAAGACUUUGCAGAUGAAAUGCAGUCUUCAAGUAAGAAAUGGAAACAAAUUGCCUGUGUGAUGGCAGCAUCUGUUGUGGCCAACAUUUUGAAUGAUCCAGUCAUAUUCCAAGAUUGGCCUCACUUUAAUGCAGAUGGAUUUGACCCAACUGAAAUUAUUGAUAACAUUCGUCAACACUACAAAAAUCGGGAAGGUUGGCUGGCACUGUUUCCCUGGUGUGAAGACUUCCACUUCUCCUUUGACAAGAUCUACACCAGACUGAAAGUCAUCUACAGAAAGAAAACGAGAGGAAUAGCAACAGACCGAGUUGUUACGAUGUCUGAGAUCUUCAACCAGCACGAAGAAUGUGAAGAACCAAGAGUAGUGUUAAUUGAAGGGAAGCCUGGUAUGGGAAAGACCACUUACUGUAAGAAAGUUGUUGUCGACUGGGCCACAGGAAAACACGCAACCGGAAAUUGCUUCACAAACUUCGUAAUAGUGCUUUUGAUCAAAUGUCGUGAUGUUGAGUCUGGCCUUUGGGAGGCCAUUGAAGAUCAAAUUCUGCCUCGAGAAGUUGGUGAAGACGAACGCGAGAGAUUCUUCGACUUCAUUCGCCACAAUCAAUCUAAUGUUCUUCUGAUACUCGAUGGAUUGGAUGAAGUUUCUGAGAAGAAGCUACCUAUGUUUUCAGAAAUUAUUCAAGGCCGAGUACUGCCAAACUGUCGCGUGGUCGCUACGGCACGACACGAGGCUGGAGUCAAAGUUCGAAAAUACUGCGACACACUGCUAGAGAUUGAGGGAUUUACUGAAGAAGAUGUAAACUCCUUCAUCAGAAAGUUCUUCAGAGACAAAUCAAAACUGGCCGAGCAGCUUAUUGCACACCUAUGUGUUGAUUACAGGUUAUAUGCAAUUUUGACGAAUCCUCUCAACACUGCGCUUCUUUGCCUGGUCUAUGAAGAUUUGAAAGGUGUAUUUCCUGAAAGUAGAACGAAGCUGUACAUGGAAAUAGUGGAGUGUGUACUAAGAAGGUACAGAACAAAGCAGCAACUACCAGAAAACGGUGAAGACCUUGUUGACCUUUACGAAAGGCAAUUGAAACACCUUGGUUCGAUAGCUUUGAAAGGUUUACUUGAAGACAACUUGGAUUUUGACGAGAAGGAGCUUGGAAAACACAAAGCAAGCGAUUUACCUGGAUUUGGAUUUCUGUCAGUUCAGCCUGGAGGCAGUAAACUAAGACCCACUAGACGUUAUAGCUUUCUUCACAAGACUUUCCAAGAAUUCUUCGCAGCAUUCUAUCUCAGUUGUCAGCUUAUCCAGAAAGAAAAAAGCUUGAACAGUAUAGCUGCUGACAAAAAAUAUCGCCAUGAGCUGAAAGAAGUGCUUGUGUUUACAUUCGGUAUGCUUGUAAAACGACGCGAAGAAACAGCGGUAAACCUUCUGAAAAGUAUAGCAACAAAAGAGAGAGAGUUGACACUUAUAUUAGAUUGUGUUCAUGAAUGCAAAAAGGAGAACAAAAAUUUUGUUAAAAAAUUGGCUUCCGCUGUCGGUGCUUCUCUUCAAAUUGAAACUCUUAAUUUUUCAGAUGCAGAAGUAGAUGAAACUGUAGCUGUCUUUUUAAGCCACGUUCUUAAAACAAAUACCACUGUGACAACGUUGAAUUUAGAUGAGAAUAUAGUUGAUGGUAAGGGUGCUGCUGCCCUGGCCGAUUGUUUGAAAGAUAAUACAUCGCUGACAACGUUGGGUUUGAGUGGAAAUAAAAUUGGUGAUGAUGGUGCUGCUGCUCUGAGUGAGUGUUUGAAAUAUAAAACAUCGCUGACAACGUUGAAUUUGGAUUUAAAUGGAAUUGGUGCUGAUGGUGCUGCUGCUCUGGGUGAGUGUUUGAAACAUAAUACGUCGCUGACAACUUUGAAUUUGAGUUUAAAUGGAAUUGGUGCUGAUGGUGCUGCUGCUCUGGCUGAGUGUUUGAAAGAUAGUACAUCGUUGACAACGUUGGUUUUGAGUGAAAGUGAAAUUAGUGAUGAUGGCGCUGCUGCUCUGAGUGAGUGUUUGAAACAUAAUACAUCGCUGACAACUUUGAAUUUGAGUUUAAAUGGAAUUGGUGCUGAUGGCGCUGCUGCUCUGGGUGAGUGUUUGAAACAUAAUACAUCGCUGACAACGUUUGAUUUGGGUUCUAAUGGAAUUGGUGCUGAUGGUGCUGCUGCUCUGGGUGAGUGUUUGAAACAUAAUACAUCGCUGACAACUUUGGAUUUGAGUUUAAAUGGAAUUGGCGCUGAUGGUGCUGCUGCUGCUCUGGGUGAGUGUUUGAAACAUAAUACAUCGCUGACAACCUUGAAUUUGAGACGUAAUGUAAUUGGUGAUGCUGGUGCUUCUGCUCUGGGUGAGUGUUUGAAACAUAAUACAUCGCUGACAACUUUGAAUUUGAGUUUAAAUGGAAUUGGUGCUGAUGGUGCUGCUGCUCUGGGUGAGUGUUUGAAACAUAAUACAUCGCUGAAAACGUUUGAUUUGGGUUCUAAUGGAAUUGGUGCUGAUGGUGCUGCUGCUCUGGGUGAGUGUUUGAAACAUAAUACAUCGCUGACAACCUUGAAUAUGAGACGUGAUAUAAUUGGUGAUUACCCUCAUUUUGCUGAGUGCACGAAAAGUAAUACAUGGCUGACAAAGUUGGCUUUGCUUGAAUAUAGAAUUGGUGGUGAGGGUGCUGCUGCUCUGGGUGAGUAUUUGAAACAUAAUACAUCGCUGACAACGUUGGAUUUGGGUUCUAAUGGAAUUGGUGAUGAUGAUGCUGCUGCUCUGGCUGAGUUUUUGCGAGAGAAUACAUCGCUGACAACGUUGAAUUUGGAGGGUAAUAAAAUUGGUGAUGUUGGUGUUGCUGCUCUGAUUGCUGCGCGGGAGUGUCAUCCAUCUCUGAAAGUAUACUUUUGGUAAAAUAAACCCCUCAUAGAACGUGGCUACCUUGCCUUAUGACCAACUUUAAGAAGCGUUUACGUCAGGAAUAAGCAGCGAUUACUGACUCUGACCUUGAACAGGGUAAAUGUACAAUAGCUUCUAUUUAUCGAUAUGAGUAUUAGUAUAAGACUUACGUAGCAUCUGUUUGCCAAGAUUAUUUACGUUUGUAAGAGCUGUUAUAAAAGCUUGCACGUUUAGAGACCGUUACACUUUAUUACAAUCUUAUCUAUACAGCUUUUACCUUUUCACGUUUAAUUGAUAAAGCUGAUAAAAGAAACUAUGCUUCAUCUGUAACGCGCGUGCGUGUAAACCACCAGAUUAUCCGCGCGAGGAUAAUUUGGAAACAUUGAACUGCCUCGGAUUUUGUUGUAGUUGAAAAUCGGAUGUAAUAUAUUUUUUGUCUUUAGCAAUAAAUUCUGCUCACAUAUUUUUUCUUGAGAGGGACUGCCAUAAUUGGUUUAAGGUUAGAGUAAUUAUUCUUUGGUGAUCAGUUACUUGAUUCUCAUAAACUUACUUUAGUGUGAUAAUGUGCUGACACUUUUAAGUCCUGUGAGAAAUUUGAAGUUGAUAAUUCUUAGGGUGCAAAGAGUUAAUUAAUAGAGUUGUAGCCAUGUUGUAUGGUAAGACUCUUUAUGAUGACUACAUGAGGCUUUGUUGUAGGCUGUGAAGAACAAUCUAUUUUUCGAAGUGAACUUUUUUUAGAAAAGUUGUUACAAGACAUUUUUUAAUUUUG